GACUUCGUUCCCCACGUCGAUGCGUUCCCUGGCCCGGCUUACUCGGUCUCAUUGCCCUAAUAACUGCGGACUCUCUAUUUCGUCCAUCGGCAGCAUCGCGCGUUGCUCCUCGGUACUGAGGGCGCAAGGGAUAGAGGGGCGGCCUCGCGGCCCCUCUGUGCCGCAGGCGGUGAUGGCGCAGCGGUACUCGAAAGCAUACCGCUCCAAAGAGGGCGCUCCUUCCGUGGCGAGGGUCUACCCGGACGUGUGCGAGAAGGCACCGGCGGAAUACAGCGCCUAUGAGCAACUAAAGAUCAGCUGGGGCGACCAGGAUAACUAUGAGGUCGUGCGCAAAGUGGGCCGGGGCAAGUACAGCGAGGUGUUCGAGGGCAUCAACGUGGUGAACGGCUCCAAAUGCAUCAUCAAAAUUUUGAAGCCGGUCAAGAAGAAGAAGGUGCUGCGUGAGAUCAAAAUUCUGCAGAACAUCACCGGCGGCCCCAGCAUCAUCGGCCUCUUAGACGUGGUCCGCGACCCCGAGUCCAAGACGCCCAGUCUCAUCUUUGAGUACGUCAACAACCAGGACUUCAAGGUGCUGUACCCCACCCUGACAGACAUCGACAUCCGCUUCUACGUCUACCAGCUGCUCAGGGCUCUGGACUACGCCCACAGCCACGGCAUCAUGCACCGCGACGUCAAGCCGCACAACGUCAUGAUCGACCACGCCAAGAAGCAGAUCUACGACUACAGCCUGGACAUGUGGAGCCUGGGCUGCAUGCUGGCCGCCAUACUGUUCCGCAAGGACCCCUUCUUCUGCGGCCACGACAACUACGACCAGCUGGUCAAGAUCGCGCGGGUGCUGGGCACUGACGACCUGUACAGCUACCUACAGAAGUACGGCAUCGUGCUGGACCCGCAGCUGGAGGCGCUGGUGGGCACGCACUCCAAGAAGGCCUGGCAGCGCUUCGUGACGCCCGACAACACCCACCUGGUGUCGCCCGAGGCCAUUGACUUUGUGGACAAGCUGCUGCGAUACGACCACCAGGAGCGGCUGACGUGCCGCGAGGCCAUGGCCCACCCCUACCUGGCGCCCAUCCGCGCAGCUGAGGCGGCGGAGGCGGCCGCCAGCGGCGCGGCCGGCGGCAGCGGCAGCGGCGGGCACUGAGCGCGCAGCGUGCCGCGAGCCGGGGCAGAGGUCGCGGCGCCAGCAAUGGGAGCAGCAGCGGGCGACGGAAGAGGCAGUGACGGCAGUGGCAGGGGCCGGCAGCGGCUGUCAACGGCAGCUGCAAGUGGCAGUGGCAGGCGGCAGUAGCGGGUGGCAGCAGGGUCGCAGCAGCGGGGGGCUGUAGCGGGUGGCAGCAGCGGGAGGCUGUAGCGCGAGGGUGUAGCGGGCACUGCGCGAGUCAACGCUGCCUGCGCUGAUGUGGCAACUGCUGUCGGCGGCGGGUGGAGCCGCGCGGAAGCUGCUGCCCGGAGGGGGCGGUGAUAUGCAACGCAAUGGAAUGCAGUGGCGGCGUGAUGACGCUGCGGUAGGCUGUGCAAUGUGCUGAGAAUGCGGGCUUGUGGGCUGGGGCGGGGCCUAUGGGGGCCUUGGGGGCGGCGGCAGGGAGCGCCCGGCUUUGUGUGACCCCCUGCUGAGCUGUGUACGAGUGCUUGCUUUGUGUGGAGCAAUACAGCACAGAUGUCGCAUGUGCCAACACGUGGCAUGCGAACGCGUGCGGUGAUGAAGCGGCGAAUGCGACUGGCCACGGAAAUUGUACGGCUUUCGCACAGCUGCUGGUGUGAUACGAGUUAGUUAGCCUCGAUAAGACUUGUUACACGGUAGUUGAUUGGUCAAGCUUUGCUCAAGAACGGCUGUGGGCAAGUAUGGUAGCGCCAAUGCCCUCUCCCACAGUGCGCUAUUGCAGCGAGGCAGCAGAUGCCGUCUGCGGGUGUUGCUUGGUGCUGCUGCUCGAUGCAGCUUGUGUUGCAGCAGCUUGGAAACAAAACUGGCGUGUUGCCAUUAUUAUUGCUCCAACUGCUAAGCGCAUUAGCACAUGUGCUGCGCGGGCCGCACGGCGGGCAUGUGUCCGUGUCCGUGUGCGUUGUGUGAUAGGCUGGAUGCACGGACGUACCGUACGCAUCCAGUUGUGUGCUGGGGCAGUUGGGCAGGCGGAGGUGCGGAGGGGAGGGUGUUCUGAUGCAUGCGCUAUGCUGUCGGCACGCCACAGACACACGACGCUGCUGUGGCUCUGCUAGCGCGGCAGUGGUGAAUGUCCCGUGAUGUGGUCUGCGUGGCAGGGCCAAGGGCAGGGCCGCCAGGGCGGGGCUGUAAGCAUGAAGCGGCGCGC